AUGACACCACAUACUGCAUUAAAUAUGUAUGGCAAGAAAUUAACAUCAUAUGAAAAGGAGGAAAUAUUGAACUUUAACAAAAUCUGGUAUCUUGGUUUAUCUGCACAAAAAAUCGAUGCAAUUCAAGGAUCUCCAAGUAAUCAUGGUUAUGAUGAUGAAACUGGUGGUUAUUUAAAAAUAACCCAUGAUCAUAUCGCUUAUAGAUUUCAAUCAUUGGAAACUUUGGGUAAAGGUUCAUUUGGUCGAGUGAUACGAGCUAUUGAUCAUAAAUCAGGGUUUCCAGUUGCAAUAAAAAUUAUUCGAAAUAAAAAACGAUUUCAUCAGCAAGCUCAAGUGGAAGUAGCCAUUUUAGAGAAUUUAAAAAAAGCUGAUCAUAAAAAUAUUCAUAAUAUUAUACAUAUUAGAGAUCAUUUUACAUUUCGAAAUCAUUUGUGCAUUGUUUUCGACUUAUUAGGUUCAAAUUUAUAUGAUCUUUUAAGAAAAAAUGAUUUUCGUGGUUUCACAAUUCAUUCAUUGAAAAAAAUCACAAUUAAAUUACUCAAUUGUUUGUGUUUAUUAAGAAAACAAGGUAUUAUACAUUGUGAUUUGAAACCAGAAAAUAUUCUUAUUGGUUUAAAUAAUCCAUCAGAAUUAAAAGUUAUUGAUUUUGGUUCAAGUUGUUUUGUGAAUCAAAAGACCUAUACGUAUAUUCAAUCACGUUUUUAUAGAGCACCAGAAAUUAUAUUAGGUAUAUCUUAUGGUCCACCAAUUGAUAUGUGGAGUUUAGGUUGUAUUCUACCUGAAUUAUAUACAGGUCGUCCAUUAUUUCCUGGAGAAAAUGAAAAUGAACAAUUGGCUUGUAUUAUGGAAGUACUUGGUUUACCAUCUGAAUUACAACUUGAAAAAGCCAGUAGACGAAGAGUAUUUUUCGAUUCAAAACGUACACCAAGAUAUUUAACCAAUAGUCGAGGACGUAAACGUAUACCAGGCACAGAAACAAUAGAAAAUCUAGUCAAAACGGUUGAUUUAAAAUUUAUCAAUUUAUUAAAUCAAUGUUUAACAUGGGAUCCAGAUGAAAGAAUUACACCAAAUGAAGCAUUAAAUCAUGAAUGGAUUAUACGUGAAACUGAACAAUCUAAACAAAAUGUUACAUUUCAAACAUUGGAACAAACUAAUUCAGAGAAUAAACAGAAAGAUACAAUUGCUUAA